AUGGCCCUGCUGUUGAUGCCACCCGCGCUGCCGGGCGCCAGCUUCUGCGGCCUCGAGCCCAUGGGGCUGCUCUGGGCCCUGCAGCCGCAGAAGCCCUUCUGGUGCAUGGUGAAGCGGGACGUGCAGACCCCGCUGCGCCUGCUGGUCGAGGUGUUUGAGGGCCAUGGGCAACCACUGGGGCAGCUCCUGGCCGAGGCCCAGCACGAGCGGAUAUUCUUGCAGGAUGGAGUGCAGCGAGUUCCAGUGCGUGAGGGGAGGAUCCGCGCGACGCUUUUCCUGCCUCCUGGAGAAGCACCCUUUCCAGGAAUCAUCGACAUACAUGGACUUGAAGGAGGUCUUUUUGAACACAGAGCCAGCCUGCUGGCCAGCCAUGGCUUUGCCACAUUGGCCCUGGCAUAUUACCACUAUGAGGAUCUGCCCCAGAAUCCAACUGAACUCCAUCUGGAAUAUUUUGAAGAAGCUGUGAACUACAUGUUGCAGCAUCCACAGGUGAAGAAACCAAGGCUUGGCUUGCUCGGCUACUCCAAAGGAGGAGAACUGUGUCUCGCCAUGGCUGCUUUCCUGAAGAAUAUCACAGCCGUUGCUUCCAUCAAUAGUCCAGUGGUUGUUACAGCUAUUCCUCUCUGUUACAAGGAUAAAAUCAUCCCCCCCAUGCCCAUUCAUGAAGAGCGUGUCACAGUCAAUCAAUCUAAUGUUUUUGAUUGCUCUGAUGUCUUUGAUGACCCCUUCCAAGUCCCUGGCCACCAAAGCCUGAUUCCAGUGGAGAACAUUGAGGCAAAUUUACUGUUCAUCACUGGACAAGAUGAUAAUUUGAUUAAGAGUGAACAUUUUGCUAUUGAAACCUGCAAACGCUUGCAGGCUCAAGGGAAGAAUAAUUUUCAGAUUCUCUCCUACCCUGGCACAGGACAUUACUUUGACCCUCCAUUUUUCCCUUUAAAUGCUAUAGGAAGACACCCCGUUCUUCUCAAGCGGACAAUCCUGGGUGGGGAGCUCAAGGCCUUUUCUAAAGCACAGGUUCAAGCUUGGCCAAAAAUACAGGCUUUUUUCAACAAAUAUUUAAAUGAAAAGUAA